GUGUUGAAUGGCUUUGUUCUGGUCGUCACGGCUGGUGGCACAAUCUUCUAUGCAUCCUCCACCAUCCAGGACUACCUGGGCUUUCACCAGGACCACCCUUCAGCUUCCAGCCAGCCUUUCCGGGAUAAGCAAAAACACACUGUAACUAGCACAAACCUUUGGAGUUUGGACAUCGUUUGCCACUAACAUGAUGAAUAGGGUGCAUAAAACAUCACACACAUUUUCCAAACGUUAUAAAAACCCUUCUACACUAAAACGGGUGACAUAUUAGAGAACUGCAACUUGUUAAAUGUUACGAUCUUGUGGCUAGCAAGCAGCAACUAACGUUAGCUAGCAUAGCUAAUGUUAGCUAGCAUUGUUCAGCCCAUAGAAACCCAGACAGCUAAUAACUUUAGCUUGCUGACUAUCAACUCGAAAUCGGCCAGCUAAUCAAAUGUAUGUUUUAUUUCAAAUUGAACUAAUUCGCUAAUUAUAGGCUGAACAUUUCCUUAACCCACUAAAGUUAUUCAUUUUCCUUCUUGGAUGUCCUCGAUUUACAUAGUAGGGCAAUGUGAAUCUUACAUGCAUUCUAUCUAGCUAGCUAACUACUACUGUACGACCCAUGUUCAGUUCUGGCAAGUUUCCUCCCUGCCUCCUAAUUUUGCAUGAACAUGAACGACCCUAAACAUGAAUAGAUUACAAAGAUCAGACUACAGCAAGUAUGACCAACAAAACCAAAAGAGAGAUGAGUCCUCUUUCAUCAAGUCAGCCUAGAAUGUCUAAUGUAACAAUUACUACUGUAAAGAUAAAACAGAGAGCAUGUACAACAUUUACUACUGUAAAAAUGAGUGCAUGUACAACAUUUACUACUGUAAAAACCAAACGGAGUGCAUGUACAACAUUCACUUUAUUUGACAGGAUGAUAUAAUGCAUGAACCA